AUGACGUCCUUAACAAAUUUUCUGCUCGUUUCUUCACAGCUUCUACAACAAAAACUCCAACAACAACAACAACAACAACAGCAGCAACAACAACAACAGCAACAGCAGCAGCAACAACAAGCGCAGUUGCAACAGCAACAACAGCAACGGUUGCAGCAGCAACAACAACAGCAACAACAACAAGCCAGACAGAGCAGGGCGGGGCAGCAGAGGAGCACUGUGUCUCUCUCCAGCAGGGAUACUAGUGUCUUCUCUACUUCCAGCGGGUGUUCCGGUGGGUCAUGCUGGCGUGGUUCCCGCCCGGAAGACACGCGAGACCUGGACGCUCUGCUACAAUAUAUAGAAGGACCUGCUCGACAUGUCGAUCGUGGCAAGAAGAGGGCUAAAAAACAGAGGCAGAAGGCAAAGAAGCUGGAAUCCCGUCUGGUGGAGGAGCGUGCGGCGGUAGCGUCGGAGCUGGCGCGCGCGCGCCGCGAGCUGGACGCGCUGCACGUGGCGCACGCGGCCGCCCGGCGCCGCCUGGACGCGCUGCACCUACACAACAAGACCACCAAGAGAGGUACUACCUUUUUAUUUCUCUACCACGACGGGGACAUAAAAGCACAUGACCCACCUAAUGAUAAGCGGUUACCGUGGCCUAUCUGGACGCGCUGCACGUGGCGCACGCGGCCGCCCGGCGCCGCCUGGACGCGCUGCACCUACACAACAAGACCACCAAGAGAGGUACGUACUACAUGUAUCGAUCUAUUGCGCCGCGAGCUGGACGCGCUGCACGUGGCGCACGCGGCCGCCCGGCGCCGCCUGGACGCGCUGCACCUACACAACAAGACCACCAAGAGAGGUAAAAAACAGAAAUUGAAUCCGGCACAGCAAGCCAAGGCGCAGCUUGUAGCUGAACAGCUUGGGGAGCUGACUACACUCAUGAAUACUACUUCCAAGGAGAUGCAAGCAGCCGAGAAGCAAGUGCUAGAGUUCACCCGACGAUUACAAAACUGCGAGCGACAACUAGCCGAGUCCAGGGCCGUGCAGGGGAAACCUGAGAGACCUUCACACACUCAGCUGGAACAAGCAGCGUUGCAAGCGAAACAACAGCAACUGCAACAACAACAACAGUUGCAGCAACAGUUGCAACACCAGCAACACUUGCAACUCAUCGAAAUGGAGAAGCAGAAAUUAGAGAAGCAGAAGCAGGCCGCUACUGCAACGUUUAUUAGCGAGGCGGGCGGCGGCAUGGUGUGCGUCCGUCGCGCGGCCGGGCCCGUGGUAACAGCUCCCGAGGAACCAACGGCCGCGGCGAAGGCGUUGGAGAGCGGACGCAAGCAAACCUGGGAACAAGCACUAGCUCACAUUAACCAAUUAGCCAAGGGCAAGGAUAAAGAGAAGAAAAAGCACAAAGAAAAUAAGGAGCAGACGAAACAGCAAGAGAAAUCAACCAACAAGGAUGUUAAAGAAGCCACGAAAGUCAACACGACACAACCUGAACAGACACUCUCUAAGAAACAGAGGAAACUGCUGGCCAAACAACAGGCGGAAGAAGAAGAAAAGAAAAAACAACAACAGCAAGAAUCAAAAACCAAAAAGACCGCAGAAGCGAAGAAACCCGACCCACCGAAACCCGAACCCGCAAAGACUAAGGCAGAGAAAAAGGCGGAAACUAAGAAGGAGAAGAAAGAAGAGAAGAAGAAUGAGAAAGCUGAGAAGAAUGAGAAAAAAGGAAAGGAGAAUAAACAGGAGAAAGCGCCCCAAACCCAGCCAAAGACAAAACAACCAGUACAACAGCAACAACAAGCGACAACUAAGAAAGAGAACAAGAAGCAACAACAGCAACAACAACAGUUGCAACAACAACAACAGUUGCAGCAAAUGCAGCAACAGAAGUCGCAAGUCAUUAAUAUUACGCCUGAUACCACUAUUGAAGUUGUUAACAAGAAGAACCAGUGCAGCAAUGAGUUGGAGAAGCCAGCCUCAUGCAGCAUCAUGGAACAACUCAGCUGUGGAGUACAGGUUGCAGACCUAAAGCUGCCUCCAGGUAUAACCCUGACGAGAGUACAACCCUCGGACAAGAAGGAACCGCCGCCCAUCAAAUCUGUGCCUCUAUGGAAAGCUGGUCAGCUCCCUGCCGCGCCGACGCCAGUAGCCAGACCGGCGCCCAUCAUCAACGCUGACCCUGCCAAUGUUAUGUUCAGCACUGCUCAUCCAGAACCACCAAAGCCAGUUAUAAUAGCGGACCCGCCUCCAGUGCCAGGCAAAUCGAAGAAGGCCAAGAAGAAAGCCAAAAAGGCUGCCGCGGCCGCCGAAGUGAAACAAGAUGGGACCAAGAUCGUCACCUUGCGAAAUCCAAUGUUCCAUCCGAAUCUACCACCUGUACAAAUAACCAAUCAACCAGCGAAGAAACAGGAGCAAAUUCGAGUCCCAGACCCGAUACCUAUGCCACCGAAUGCUUGCCAAGCGACUAUCACCCCUACGUCAAAUGGAAUGUUCACGAUAAGGAACCCGCUAAUGACAAUGAUGCAUCAACAGAGCCUCAUGGGCGUUAGGGCUCAAAGUCCCCAGCUAAACCCCAUGUACCCACAACAAUAUAACUACGUAAACCCAAAUAACUACAAUCCCAUACAAAAUAACAAUUCCCAAUACAUCGACCCGCCACGAGCUUCACCUAAAUCAGAUGAUUUCCAAACUAGAAUCAUGAAUUUGGCGUCUUUCACGCAGAAGAACGAUGAAGGCUACUCCCUAUUUAAGACCCCAGAUGACCAGCAACAAAGGAAUUUCCUAACUCCGGAGUACUUUGAGAACCAAAGCCCCAAGUCUGUGGUGUCCCCUAACCCUAUAGGGACGCGACCAGAGCCUAACCGGGGAUUUGAAUCCGACAUAUCUCUGUUCGCCAACCCCAUUCAAAGACCAGAGCCUAUAGGAACUCCGAUGAAGCAAGAAGAUCAACAAUACACUGGGUUAUACACACCAUUCGGUCAAGAAGACCGCAAUGUGUUUAGGAAUGCGCUCUUCAGUGACAAAAAUGACGAUUUAGGGUUAAAAAAUGUAGCUAAUGGCGAUACGUUGCCAUAUUUUCAAAGGCUAAGGGUUGGGUCGAAGUUAAAUAACGAAGUGUCUAUUCAUCAUGUUACUGAAUCGAAAUUUUAUAAGACGCAGGUAAGAUGCUCCAUUUUCUUUUUGCUGUGUGUUGAUAUAACAUAA